AUGAGCAACGACACUCUGGACUUUGGAGAUCUGGACGCGAACCUUUCUGAGCCGCUUCUCUCUCUGAGCCAGAACCACGGCGCGUUCCCUGCGCUCCGGCUGGACUCCAAGUCUCUGGUCACGUCAGCCACGAUGUUCGCAGUGGGAGUCCUGGGAAACCUCAUCGCCAUAGUUGUGCUGUGCGUCUCCAAGAAGGAGCAGAAGGAAACCACCUUCUACACGCUGGUGUGCGGGAUGGCCAUCACGGACCUGCUGGGGACCUGCUUCACCAGCCCGGUGGUGAUCGCUACGUAUGUGGCCAACCGCUGGCCCGGAGGAGCGCUGCUCUGCCACUUCUUCUCCUUCUCCAUGCUCUUCUUCGGCUCAGCUGGCAUGUCCAUCCUGUGCGCAAUGGCCGUGGAGCGCUACUUGGCCAUAAACCACGCGUACUUCUACUCCCAGCACAUAGACCGGACCAUGGCACGGUUUGCGCUCCUGGCCAUCUACCUGGCCAACAUUGUUCUCUGCAUCAUGCCCAGCUUCGGCUUCGGGAAGCACGUCAGACACCAGCCCGGGACUUGGUGCUUUCUGGACUGGAGGGCGAUGGAUCCGGUGGGAGCGUGCUACUCCUUCCUGUACGGCGGCGUCAUGCUGCUGCUGAUCGCGGUGACGGUUCUGUGUAACCUGGCGGUGUGCAGGUCGCUGGUGGGGAUGAACCAGAGGACGGGGAUCGUCAGGACGGAGCUGUGUGAGCAGGGAGGCUCGCGGCGCCGCUUCCCCAGACUGCCGUCGGUCACUUCUGCAGCGGAGAUCCAGAUGUUCUGGCUCCUGGUCUUCAUGACCAUCGUGUUCCUGGUCUGCUCCAUCCCUCUGGUGGUGCGACUCUUCGUGAACCAGCUCUACGACCCAGCCUACAUCUCUGCUGGGGGGAAGCCAGACUACCGGAGCGACCUGUUGGCAAUCCGCUUCGCCUCAUUCAACCCCAUAUUAGACCCCUGGGUGUACAUUUUGUGCAGGAAGAACCUGCUACUGAAAAGCUGUGAGAAGCUGAAGAGGACAGUUGCUCGGGUUAAAGACGGCCGUGGUGAGAACAUGGGCUGGGUGGAGGAGCAGAACUCCCCUCCGUCUUUACACAGCAACGACACCAGCUACGCGUCAUUACGCACAGCCAGCUUCAGGAACGAUGUGGUGCACCAAGUGCCCAUCAAGAAUAAAUCCUUCACAGACUUCGCGAAGAGACACGCGUGGGAGUACGACACCGCCCGGGUCAACUUUCACCCGUUCAGCGUGGAAUCGACCGCGAUCCUCGGCUGUGAUGAGGAGGAAGCAGCUCGACCCAAGCAGCAGGCGGCCGACUGUCCUCCGGGACGCGGCGCGAACUCUGUCCGGAGGGCGGACAUCGUGACGUGCACGUUCAGCACACCGAGCUCCUGUCAGUCUGCCAAAUGUCUCUGA